AUGGAGGAGACGACGCUGUCAACGUUCUCGUCCAUGUCUUCCAGCUCGCCAAAUGAAGCCUCUACGAAGGAUACGGAGGACAUGGUGCAGUGGCUGGAGAACGAGGCAUUGCCGGGCUUUCGCAUUUGGCAGCUUGUUGGCAUCGUUCUCUCCGUUCUGCUAAGCAUCGUCGUCGGGUUGUGCUGUUGCAUUCGCUUUCGUGUGCCCAGAACGAAGCAGGAGAUUGAGGCAGAUUACAUUCGCAAGAAAAUCACGAAGAGUUUUCGGAACGAGCUCUCGAAGAUCAGCAACACGGAGAUGGAUGAGAUGGAUCUGCAGAAAGCUCUGGACAGAAUCCGAAACGAAUACGAAGACACGUCCGCGAUAGCAAAGGAGUGCACGGAAAUGGAGCGGAGCGCCCAGCAGGGUUUUCGAUCCAGAUUUAAUGCCGUGUUCGGUGGGAUGCGCGUACGUUUCAAUCAACGCGAACACACGGAAUUGAACGCCAUGAUCUAACGGCAGUGGAUCGCCCUCUGAUGUCCUGUGUGAAGAGGUGAAAACGAACCUCUUAAAAAUAUCUCGUAUAAUUUUCUCGUCGCACAAAUUUAGGGAUAUCGAAUAAAAUAGAACAAGAUUAAAAAUAUAUGGCUACGUUUGGCAGAUAAAGCAGUUUUACAACAGAGUUGUAAAAUUAAAAUGUGAUAAUCUUAGGCUCAGUAGAUUAGUAAAUCUAAUGGUGU